AUGGCCACUUUGACGGCAGCAUCCGAGGCCAACAAGGCCAAGGUCACUGCAGAGAAAGUCGCCCAGUGUGUUGCUGACGUCGGCCUCUCACUUCCACCACAGCAUAUGCAGCAAUGGCACGAGAUCAUUGCUUCAGUGCAGGAGUCCAUCGACCUUGUCGAAAGUCUGCCCAACUACUAUCCUAAGGUGGACUUGGAAAAGUAUCCACGAAAAGAUGUCCACCGGCCGGCGAAUAAGGAUAACAAGGGAAACGCCUGGGCGUGGAAAGCCAGAAUUGAGGGCCAGACUGAUGGGCCACUGGCAGGGAUUACCUUCUGUCUCAAGGACAACAUUGCAGUCAAGGAUGUUCCCAUGCUGCUAGGAACAGAUAUGUUCACUGACUAUACUCCCGAAAUGGACGCAACCAUAGUAACUCGAAUCCUGGAGGCAGGAGGCACAAUUCUCGGUAAAGCAGUCUGCGAAAAUCUCUCCCUCUGCGCAUCGUCAUUCUCAGCGGCGACUGGACCUGUCGAGAAUCCCUAUGCCGAAGGAUACACUACUGGCGGUUCUUCGAGCGGCUGCGGGCAUCUCGUUGGCGCCAAGAAGGUCGACGCUGGCAUUGGAGGUGACCAGGGCGGCUCCAUACGAUUCCCAGCCAGCUACUGCGGUAUUGUGGGAAUGAAGCCGACCUGGGGGCUGGUGCCGUGGACGGGCGUAGUGACACACGACCCUGUGCACGACACGGCCGGCCCCAUGACCCAGACGGUGGCGCUCAAUGCCAAAGUGUUACAGGCGAUUGCUGGUAGGGACGACAUCGACGACAGGCAAUACGCCUCUCCUUUUCCGUCACAACUUCCUGACUACUCCGCGUCAUUGGGUAAGGGGGUCAAGGGGCUGAAGAUCGGCAUACUCAAAGAAGCUUUCCAGUUUGGUGUCAUUGACCCGCGUGUCAAGGCCAAGGUCACGGAGGCUGCAGAGCGGUUUCGCGAGCUCGGUGCCGAGGUGAUUGAGGUAAGCGUGCCUCUACACACGCACGCAGGGCACAUUGUCAACUGCGCCCUGCGGCCAGCUGCGGCGCUGCAGGGGUAUCUCGGAAAAGCGUGUGGGAGACGAGCGCUGUACAUGACCGACCUGGCCGAGAAGAUGACUCCGCUUGACCAGGCCAAGUUCGACAAGAUGUUUGCGACGUCCAAGUUCUCCAUGAUGUCCGGCCUCUAUGUGUGGCGCAACCACCCUACUCUGUACGGCAAGGCCAUGAAUCUGUACAGGCGUCUAAGAGAUGAGUACGAUGCCGUCCUCAGAGAAGUUGAUGUGCUCAUCACCCCGACCACCCCUUAUGUGGCGAACCGCCAUGCUGCUCCCGAUGCCGGCCCCUUGGAGCAGAUGAACAAGAGUAAGGGCGUUGCUGUAAAUACAGUAUGCUUCAACGCGAGCGGUCAUCCUGCUAUGAGUCUGCCAUGCGGGAUGUUGUCGGCCGAAGACGACGAUACCAUCCUGUUGCCCGUAGGCAUGCAAAUUGUGGGUGAGUUGUUCCAAGAGGAAAUGAUUUACCGUGUGGGAGCUGCAUGGGAGGAUGCAUUCGAUUGGAGAGCAUGA